CUUCUGAACCAGGCAGCUGCCAAGAUUCAACAAUAUUUGAAGGCCUCCCGAUUUUUGAGAAUGUCACGGUUACGGUCUUCUUUCUUCCACACCACAACUUGGAUCCCCGCGCUUUACAAGGGAGGCUUCUGCUGCCCUUAUCCUAUCUCAAGAUCUCAUCACAGCAAUCCUUGCAAGGAGAGUAACUCUACUCACCUCGGCUGCCAACCAAGCUAGUUCACAUCUCUCGCGCGUAGACUUUUCUGCCACCAUGGAACGGAAAAGAUUUCCCACCGAUAGUAGCAGUCUAAGAGUAUCCAUUCUGUUGCUGAUCUUGGCGGCAGCUGCGUCUUCCUCCAUUUCCAGUGCACAAGUGCUACCUGCUCUCCCACGGUGUACCCAUUCGUCCUACGAAUUGACCCAGCUACCCCCAGAAGAAGAGAUUGAUCUUGCUCCAUGUGUCAUUGCCGAUAUCAACCCCGGCCCUUCCUCGGCCAAUUUUUCCGUCAUCCCGCUGGUACACGUCACACCGUCCCGCUGUGGUGUCUGGCGUGAUGGAGCGGUGACGGGGGUGAAUGUCCUUAACGAGGGAGGUGGUGUCCCCAUUGGCUUUUCCCAAGACCAUUUCGUCAAGUUCCGUCUCGUCAGCGUCAUGGCAGGAUCUACCAUGGCAAGAGGUUAUGAAGGACGGCACCAGUAUCUCUUACGAGGACUGGUCAAGGAAUUGGAAGCACCAUUUAUUGUUGGCACUUGCUCUUUUAUAGCUUCCAUUGAAAAAGAGGUGGCUCAGGACGUGCAAGCCAUUCUCAUGGCACAAGUGGGACCUCCUUCAUUUUACCAACCUGCCAACAGCAACCCUUUCGUUUUUGGAAUUCACAUCAAUUCCGACACAUAUCCCUUGCCAAAUGUGCAGGCAUUGGAUUUUUGGGCUGCCAAAAAUAAUCCCUCCAGGGAUGUCCCAGUACGCGCCAUUUAUCGACUAGAAUCGGAUUUCUUUCGCAGCACCUGCCAAUCUGCCAUUCAAGCUCUCCAAAAUUCUGGUUUUACCAAUAUUGAAGCCCUGGAAUUCCAUCCCACCAAAGACGAUAAUGGUGACGGGAUCAGGAACGAAUUUGACAACCGAACACUUGGUCAAAUUGCCGACAAUGCUUGUCCGCGGGCACCCGAUUUUCAUCCUGCUCUAUUUGUGUGCACUUUGAUUGAGCAUGACAUUUUGUUGGAACGAUGGAGACAAAACCAAUGUCGACCAACCAGUAUCUGGCUCACAGCUGCCACUUGGCAGUGGGCACACGAGAAUCCUGACUUGCGUCCUUACAUGCAUGGAGGUGCACAGUGGCAUCCUGCCUUGAACUAUUCCGAUGAAUACUUUGACAGUGGCAGGGACUUGUUGGAAUACACAUAUCAACAAUUUGGAUACAAUGGAUCCUAUGAUCAGCUAGUGAGCUACACUGUCCCAAUUCUCUUUUCAAAGCACCUACAAAAUGCAUACAAAGUUGCCACAAAUCCAAACCCUUUGCAAGAUUUUGCCACACCUGAAGGUCGAGAACUGCUCCGUCGUGACCUGAAGUUGCUGGAAGUCGACACCAUCUUUGGCGAGAUCUCUUUUGACAAAAACCAGCGAAACGUUGGGAGAGGUGCUGCUGGGACACAGUGGUUGCCCUUUGAGAGGGGUGAAUUUAUUGAUGUACGACGCAACGAAGUACAAUCCAACAAUCAAAGUGAUGUGGUGUUUGCCAAUGCUCUGGUAUCUCCCCUGCUGCAGGCAGAAACUUCCAUUGUGUUGCCCUCCCCAAGUGCAGAGGGUUGCAAUGAAGGCAGCUUCCUCAACAGGACAGCACUAGAAAACUCCAGUGCCAUUCUGCUGAGUGCAUGUGAAUCAUGCCCCAUUGACACGUACAGCGCUGGAGAUUACGAUGCUGCAGAAUCUUGUGCAGAGUGUCCUACAGGCAGUACGACCAAAGGAAGGACAGGGCAAAGUGAAUGCAUUCCAGACGAAGAACUGAAUUUCAUCUUGCCGAGACUGCUCAUUGGUGGAUAUGUGCUCUUCGGUAUCAUUGCAGCUCUUUGCCUCAUCACAGUGAUGUGGUUGUGGACCUAUCAGGGACAAGUUCUGGUUCGCAUCAGUCAACCACCACUCCUGGUUUUGGUCAUUCUGGGUUGCUUGAUUUCCAGUCUCUCCAUUCUAUUUUUGGGAGUUCAAGCUGAGUUUGCAUCUGACAUGGUGGAUGCAGCCUGCAUGGCUUCCCCUUGGUUAUAUGGGGUAGGCUUUGCAGUUACGUUUGGGCCUUUGCUUGCCAAGCUGCUCAGGAUAAUGCUGGUUUCAAGACGGCGCAACAUUCAUGUUAACAAGUCAGUCAACUCACAACGAGCAGUUGGAAUCAGAGAGGUUUCUUUGCUGGUAGGAAUCAUCCUGAUUAUCGAGGUGGCCAUCCUGACUGCCUGGCAGAUUGAUUCUCCCAGCCAAUGGAGCCGCGAGGUCAUAGAGGAGGUGGAUGGUUUUGUGACUGAAAGUGUUGGGCGCUGUAACUCUGAUGAUCAGUUUGCAUACUUUUGUGCAUUGGCAGGCUUUCAGCUGCUCUGUCUUCUUGCUGCACUGGUUCUGGCCUAUCAAACAAGACAUAUUCACAGUGACUUUGCAGAGAGUGGUUGUAUUUCUCUUGCGGUGGCUUUCACGUUUGAAGUUGUUCUGUUGGCAGCACCCAUCAUUGUCCUUGCAAGAGAAAAUAACGACGUGAGCUACAUUGUCCGCGUCGGGUCUAUUUUUGUGCAGAACUUUGCCGUUCUGCUGCUUUUGUUUGUUCCCAAAAUGAUCCGAGUGCGGGAAAGCAUGCAGGAUCCAUCCAAAAGAGGUCCGAACUCGGAACGACAGAGCAUAUAUCUACCAGUUGCUGCUCUCACAAAUUCUACAUGGGACGAGGCUGCUGAUAUUUUGAACCAAAUGCUGGGCGAAGACAAUGCAAUGCCGGAGGAACAACGUCAGAAUUUGGAAAAGGUGAAGGCUGUUCUCUUGAGUGGCAACAAAGGAAAGAAACAAAACAAAAUGCUCCACGUCCCGAAAGGACUGGCUCGGUUUUCGACGACAAACUCGUUGAAGUUGUCUGUAAAGAAGCAAUCUUCUUUGUACAUCUUGCGAGAAUAUGCAGGCAUUGAUAUAGCAAAGGAUUCCAGCGAGACAGAGGUGAUGGAAGAAUCCGCGCGAGGGUCAUCCCCUAUGUCAGAUGAUCCAGGUGGUGUCUACCUUCUUCCAGAGUUUGAGGCUCUACCGUCCCACGCCACCAAAAUCAAAGUCUCAAAAAUGCUUUCUUGGUCUUCACUGAAGAGGUGGGAUUUCAAUAUCUUUGAUCUGUGCCACCUUUCAGAUGGAAACCCUUUGCUGUUUGUUGGCUGGGCUGUAUUGGGUUCUCCGCAUUCUCAAUUUGCCAUGUCCGGGGCAUGCGGUGAAGAGGUUGCCCUGGAAGAUUUUGAAGGGUAUAACUUCAGUAGCUCGGAUCUCAAGAUUCCAAUGCACACUCUCUGCGACUACCUUCGCGUGAUCCAAGAUGACUACAUCAGUUCCAAUCCUUACCACAAUGAAAUUCAUGCUGCUGAUGUACUCCAAUCCCUUCAUGCAUUGCUUCAGAUGUGUGAGGAUCACCUCCUUGCAAGCAACCUCGAGCUCUUUGCGAUUCUUCUUUCAGCUGCAGUCCACGACGUGCAACAUCCUGGGUCAAGCAAUGCCUUUCAAGCCAAUGCAAGAACAGAUUUGGCACUCACCUACAACGACAAUUCUAUAUUGGAAAAUAAGCAUGCGUCACACUCUUUUGUGAGGAUGUUUGGUACUGAUUCCAAUUUUGGCAGUAAGCUGACAGACCUCAACAUUCUCCGCAAUGUGGAUGCUUCCAAGCUUGCCAACAUUCGAAGCAAGAUGAUUAAGGCUGUGCUGCACACUGACAUGUCUCUACAUUUCAAAACUGUUAGUGAUAUCAAAGGGGAAAUGAUGAAAUCAGAUUAUCUCCAAGACGAUGAAACCCGUUGGGAUGUGCUAAUGUACCUACUCCACAUGGCAGACAUCUCAGGACAGGCGAAGCCUCGACCUCUGUCAACCCUCUGGACCGACCGUGUUAUGGAUGAGUUCUUUGCACAAGGAGACAAAGAAGAGCAACUCGGGCUUCCAAUAUCUCCCAACUGCGAUCGGCACACCACUCUCAAGGCAGAUUCACAAAUUGGAUUCAUUAAGUUUGUCAUCAGACCUGCAUAUGAUGUGUUGGGUGGAAUCAUACCACAAGUCAAAGAAAGGGUUGUUCCCAUUGUAUCUGACAACUUGGAGUAUUGGAUGGAACAAAGGAAAAUUGAGUCGCCUGAUGUGGAUAGUUCCGGUGGUGUGUAGUGCUCUAGGUGAGCCAAUUCCGUGCUCCCUCGCUCGUGCGGACUCAGACUCAGACUCAACCAGGCAGACGACGAGCGACAAGAGACUUGCUCUAAUUGAAACUUCCUUGCUCGUUGACAUAAUAGAACCUCUCAAUAGACAGCUUGUAGUGUCCAUAGAAGAACCUUGUAGCUGGC